AGGACUCAGGGUAGGAUUGUAGAGCUUAGCAGCAGGGAGUGGAGGGCGCCGCGGGGAGACGCCGGCUGUGUAGUUGAUAGACUGGGCGGGGCUGGGACGCAGGCGGGACCCGUGGGGACGCGAGCCCGGGCGCCUUGAUGCCCAGACAGAGGCGACCGCGGGCUCUGCUUGGUCACGACCUCUCGGCACCCUUGGGCCUGUGCACCCUGGCCGUCUGCCCUUGGUCCCCAGCCGGCCAUGCCCACACCCGCGCCUCCCACCGAGCUGCUGCCGUGGGAGCGCGCGGUGGUACUGCUGUCCUGUGUGCUGUCAGCUCUGGGCUCCGGCCUCCUGGUGGCCACGCACGCCCUGUGGCCUGACCUGCGUAGCCGGGCUCGGCGCCUGCUACUCUUCCUGUCGCUGGCGGACCUGCUCUCGGCUGCCUCGUACUUCUACGGAGUGCUGCAGGACUUUGCGGGCACUUCGUGGGAUUGCGUCCUUCAGGGCGCGCUCUCUACUUUCGCCAACACCAGUUCCUUCUUCUGGACCGUGGCCAUCGCCCUCUACCUAUACCUCAAUAUCGUCCGAGCUACGCGCGGGCCCUGCACGGACCACCUAGUCUGGGCUUUUCACCUCAUCAGCUGGGGUGUCCCGUUGGCUAUCACAGUGGCAGCCGUCUGUCUAAAGAAGAUAGGCUACGAUGCCUCUGAUGUGUCCGUGGGCUGGUGCUGGAUCAACCUGGAGGCCGAGGACCGUGUCCUGUGGAUGCUACUGACCGGGAAGCUGUGGGAGAUGCUGGCUUACAUCUUGCUACCUCUGCUGUACCUUUUGGUCAGGAAGCACAUCAACAGGGCGCACCAGGCGCUCUCGGAGUACCGGCCCAUCUGGGAGGGGCGCCAGCUGCAGCGAGGCUCCCCCACCUCCAUGGCUGAUAAGAAACUGAUCCUCAUUCCCUUCAUAUUCAUCUGCCUCCGGGUCUGGAGCACCGUGCGCUUUGUCCUGACCCUCUGUGGCUCCCCGGUUGUGCAGGCACCGGUGCUGGUUGUUCUACAUGGCAUUGGAAACACCUUCCAGGGAGGGGCCAACUGCAUCAUGUUUGUCCUCUGCACCCGGGCGGUCCGCACAAGGCUCUUCUCUCUCUGCUGCUGCUAUCCUCGGCCCCCCACCCAGAACCCUCCUGGGGCUUCCAUUCCCCCCAAGAUGGGGGAAUCUCAGGAAUCCAGACGGACCCCAGAAGUGCCCAGCACUUGAAUAGUUGGUUUCCCUCACUGUUCUCGCUGGUGCUGCCUUCCUGGUUCCUGCUUCAGGAUUCGGGGACCAAGCACACUGGAAGCCUCGCCUAGUGAAGCUCGGAGCCCGGUGGAGAGGCAGCCAUCAGUGUGGACUCUUCCACCUCCCAGAAUCACAGGCAGGCAGUGCAUUCCUUGCACACUCGAGUCCCUGGUUUAGUGGGGUUUGAUUGUGUGAGCACAAAGACCGUGAGAUUCAGCCAUGCAGGAUACUGCCCGGACACAGUUUCCCGGUGUCCCCGGGCCACCAGAGCUGUUUACAGAUGGAUCCACACCUGUGGACCCAUCCCAGGCAUGACCGAACAUCUUCUUGGAUCCCAGACAUCACAGUAUGGAGUCCAGGUUUGCCAGGGUGUUGAGAAUCCCUAGAGACCCUGAGGGUAAUCAGCAGUGCUGGUCAGCAGAGGGUAACAUCCUUAGACUAGGUCCCAAGUCCACCCAAGUCACAGAGGAAUGCCAUCAUUGAUCAAAACCACCCAGGCCCACGCUCAUGGGAAUCUCACGGAGUCUCUGCGUGGGUCAUCCGUCACCCCUCGAUGUUUAUUACAUCUGAAUUUCAGCACAGGCCAGAGUCCAGAGUCCUGGCCAUUAGUCAAUCACUUAGCAUCCACGUCCCCUCCCAGUACUAGGACAGAAGGUAGCUCAGCUCCCAGUCCCUGUGGACGCCUGCUGUUCUCACAGAACCCUGUCCUCACGGUGACUCAUACAGGGGUGAGUGGGGAGCGGGGUCUGGUUCUGCACUUUGCUUAGGAAAAGGUGGAACUGAUUCUACCCCGAAGGUCAAUGUUUUAAGAUUCAGCCUCAGGCUGGACCUGUAGCUCAGUGUAGUUUCCAGGUUGGUCCUAGCACCCAAAAUACAAAGAGCCUCUGUGUUUUGUUUUGUAUUUAUCUGGGGGAUAGGAUUCUGAGAUGAUUGCAUUUUAUUUUACGUUUUGAAACAGGGUCUCAUGGACCUGCUGACCUGGAACUUGCUAGGUAGAUCAGGCUGGCCUCAAACUCACAGAGAUCCACCUGCCUCUGCCCCCUGAUGAUUAGAUUUUUAAAAAAUGUUUUGUUUUGUUGUGUUGUG